AUGGGUAACGGAUCUGGCCAGCGGCCGCUUUCCGAAGUGAGUCCCAUGGCCCAGAGGCGCAACUCGCCAAGCUGGAACCAAGUUACCAAGAUGCCUAACGGCGAAUCGCCCUCCUACGACGUCUCCUCUCUGAACAGCAAAGCCUCGCCGCGUCUGUUUUGGAAAGGCCGCGAGUCCCCGUCGUCUUUCUCCAAGGGGGGUGAAAACACAAAGCCAUACGACCCAGAGGGAUCAUAUUUCCCAACCAGACGCCCAUCGCUUGAGAAUUUGAAGCGUGUCUCGAAGGUGAAGAACCAUAGCAUGUUCCUGGAAGGUGGCACAGAGUAUGACCCAGCCGCGGUCGCUGUCCCUCAGAGGCCACUGGCACGCGAACACUCACCGCAACGUGACAGCCAGGUGGACGUCGCCAAGUCCCAGUUCGAGGAUGAAGAUGACAACUACAUCCCUCGACCACAUUCCCCAAGCAAAGAUCAAGCAUCCCCAAGCAAAUCGUCCCUCUCGAAGGGGAGUCGAUAUGGCAAAGGAUUUGAUCCUCAAAAUGAUAUCUGGUCCGAAUAUGGCAGCGCUGGGCAUCGCCACGCCAAGAGUGUCACAUUUGAUCAUGCCCCCCCUCAAAUCAAUGAAUAUGUCAUGACAACACCCGACCCAUCUUCAAUUGCAUCUGAAUCUCGGGAAAACAGUUAUGAGUCGGAGGAAGAGGAUUGUGAUGUCAGCUUUGACCACGAAUCCUCUUUUGAGCGUGAUGAUAGCUUCGAUGCCUCGCUAGAAGACAUUGAAAAGACUCCUGUAGUAUUGCCGGAGGACUGGCGAUUCAUGAGCUCUAGCACGGACGACGAGGGUGAUGUGUUCACCGAGCAUGUUGAGAGCCGCAACACCGAGGACCGAGAAGUCUCUCGUGAGAGAGACACAUCCGCUCACAAGCGUGUUGAAUCUUUGGACUCCAAUGGCGAGCGUCGCCCCCUCCCACCCCUGCCAUCCGUCAACCGCCUUUCAGUUGCGCGGCCCUCUUCACCUGGGAAAUUGGGUGCCGCAUUUGAACUUGGAAGCAAUGGCCAAAGAAACCUUCCUGCACCCCCGGCCGCUGCUUCACAUAACAAGUCUGAUAUCGGCAAUGCUGUGUCCCUGGAGGAUCGGCUUCGCCUUAUGAUGCUGCAUGAGAAACAAGAAAACAACGAGACCCACGAAGACCAUGCUGAGAAUACCGAAAAGCCGCAGGAGAAAAUGGUCACUGCACCGGAGCCUGCAUCGAAAACGGAUGAUGAUGAGGAAGAAGAAGACCCUAAGGAGAACUUUUUCUCGCCUCCCCGAAUUUCGCGUGACUCAAUCCUGCGAGACAUGCGCAAGGGCGAUAACUACGAUGACGACGAUAGCUUUGACGCAUCUUCUCAAAUCGAUUCUAGUCCUCGAAAUUACGAAAAUUAUGACCCCGAUGUCCCCAUUCCAUCAUUGGAAACUGAUGAUGAUGAUGACUCCUCAAGCGUGAUCAUCAAGCAGGAGGAGAACGACGAGGACAUGUACUCUAUCUCAGGUUACUACCAGAGCUCGUCAGACAACAGUCUGUCUUCCCACGAGCAGCGAGCCAAGUACGACGAGGACAGCAACUACUCCCUCCGCUCCGCCGCAGAAGCGGCUGACCGCGCCCACAACGAAAAUAAUAGUCAGGGUUCUGGCCAAAGCACCCCGACUGCUGAGGAGAAGGCCAUUCCUGAACAAUCUAUCCAAACUGCCGAAAAAAAUCUUGAGCAAGAACGAGAAACUCUCUCCGAAAACCAGCACUUGGAUAUGGCUUCAAUCCGGCAAUCUCUUGGGCGUCCCGUCACCCCUGAGAUGCACGAUGACCAAGCCUCAGAGCCUUCAACUCCAGACUCCGUGAUUCGCCACCCCAUUGAGGAUGACGAGGAAUACGAGCAAGAGAGUGAAGAAGAGCAGCACCCGGAAGAGGAUCAUGAGGAGCGCGAGGAGGAUAUAGAGAGCUCCUCGGAUGAGGCUGUCCCAGAGCCUGUGGCCACCAUCAGGGCUCCUGGUGCUGGCCUCAAGACCCGGCCCUCAUUGACCCCGGCUGAUAUGCAGUCUAUGGCCGCCACCCGCCGUAAAAUCAGUGGUCAACACAUUCCCCCAGUUCCCCCACUGACCAAGCAGACUUCGCACGAGUCGGAUUCCUCUGAUCAUGCAAGCAAGGAUACUGAUUCGCCGCCCAAAUUGGCUCUUCCUAUGGAUUUCAAUCAACGCCAAAGCAGCCUCAUGCAAUUGGACAUCCCGUUCAGCAUCCAAGAAGAAAGCCUUGGCUCCGGAUUGAACAAGGAGUUUGAUCGUGUUAUCGAAUCCCAAAAGGUAGCGUUCCACGCACUUACCCCAAUUCCCCGUCUUGCUCCUUCCCAGGACUACCCCCAAGAUUCUGUUACCCGAGGAUCUCGUUUCAACCCAACUAACUCUUGCUUCCCCGUACAGCGAGGUUAUCUCAUGAGACAAAAUACCAAAGUCAUCAUUGCUAGCAGCCGAAACGAGGAAGAACCUAUGCCUUCUCUCCAAGAGACCCCGCAGGACACGCGUGGUACGAGGUCUGCUGGUUCUUCUCCCCGCAAGCCUAGCCAGCAAACUUGGACCACCGAGCCUUGGAAUGGAUCAGCUCGACGUUCCAGCAUCAAGCCCCCCACUGGGAUUCCGAAGAAGAAGCCAGUUCCUGGCGUGGGCCCGGUUCCCCCCUUCCAGGUCAGGCUAGUAACGUCCAAGAAGCUCCUGCCACCAUUGAAGAAAAUGAACCCAUCCCCACUGAGCCAUUCGAAGAUGGUGAAGAGCGUGGUCGCCUGUGAACGUUCAUACUUUGCCCUCACCUUGGAUAACGGGCUACACUGUGUCACUACGUCUUGGCUGGAGAUGGGCAAGACAGCUCCUAUCGGACAGGAGUUCGAGCUUAUCGUUCAGAACGACCUUGAGUUCCAGUUGACUUUGCAGAUGAAGAUUGACGAAGACAAGUUCCACACACCUGAGCCAACGGCAUCCCCAUCACGUCAAAAAGCCUCCGCCCUCAGCCGGGUGUUUGCUUCUCCUCGUCGUCGCAAGGAGCUCGACAUGAAGCAGCAAAUGCAAUCUCAGCAGCAGAAAGCCAAAGAUGUCAAUGCUCCUGUUUACGAUCGUCUUCGCAACCUGGUUGCUCGUGAUGGUAGCUUCGGCCGCGCUUAUGUUGCCCUCAGCGACCAUGAACAAGAAGCCUUUGGCCGUCCUCACAUUGUUGACGUGGCUUGCUUCAAUGAAUGGGCCGUUGAAGAUCAAAUCAGCAGUAUUAAGAGUAAGAAAAGUGCUACUAGCGUUAACGCUCAGCGCCGACCACCAUACAAGAUUGGUAAAUUGGAAGUGCAACUCCUCUUUGUGCCCAAGCCGAAGGGUAGCAAGGAUGAGGACAUGCCGAAGAGUAUGAAUGCUUGCAUUCGGGAAAUGCGAGACGCAGAGAGCGUUGCAGCUCGGUCCUGGGAAGGUUUCCUGUCCCAACAAGGUGGCGAUUGCCCAUUCUGGCGCCGUCGCUUCUUCAAGCUUCAGGGUUCUAAGUUGACAGCGUACCAUGAAACAACGCGCCAGCCUCGAGCCACUAUCAACCUUGCCAAGGCCUCCAAGCUCAUUGAUGACCGGUCUUCCCUCCUCCAGAAAGAGACUAGCACCAGGAAUGGGGGUCGACGAAAGUCUGCCUUUGCCGAGGAAGAAGAUGGCUAUAUGUUUGUUGAAGAAGGUUUCCGGAUCCGCUUCGGAAAUGGUGAAGUGAUUGACUUCUACGCCGACAGCGCCGCAGACAAAGAAGGCUGGCUCCGAGUCAUGUCCGAGGCCGUUGGGAAGGGAUCCACCUCCGGAAAUGGGGCAAUCAAGCCCUGGGCCGACCUUGUGCUCAAGCGUGAGCGCAGCAUGAUGGCCAAGCAAGAAAAUUCCCGACCUAGCAGCGGGGUAUCUCGGCCCAGCAGCAGUAUUCCAGUAGCACCCUCAUCGCCUUCUCGGAACAGGACCAGUGCGAUGACAGGUCCGCCUUCUUCUGCAGGAUCUGGGGCGCCGGCGUCCCAGCCUCCUCGUUCUCGGCACAAACAUACGUAUUCUCAACCGGAGAUGGGCAGUGCCGAUGCACGUCGACAGAAAACUCGCUCUCUCAUGUUCUAG